AUGCAGGAGACCAUACUGCUGUUCUGUCUUUCAGGGCUCUUCCUGGGCCACCAUGCCUUGCCUCCUAUCAAAUCCUACUUCUACGUGGACCAGAAGCUGAACUGGACCGAUGCUCAGCAACACUGCAGGGAGCAGAAUGGGGACCUGGCCACUUUAGACAACGUAGCGGACAUCCAGCACCUGCAAGAGUCCAGAACGGGCUUUAAAUACGACAACGACUUCAUGUGGAUCGGACUUUAUGAUGACCGCACCCGUUGGAAGUGGUCCCUCGGGGACCAGGACUACAAAUUUGGCCAAAACUAUGGAACGUGGUAUGAUAGUAGUCCAGGCUUCAUUGGUAACAAGAAGAAUUGUACAGCUAUUACUACUUCAGGUAGCUGGUACGAUUCGUCGUGCUACUAUCUAAAGGGUGCAGUUUGCUUUGAUGAUUCUGUUUUAGAUGAAGAGCCCCACUACAUCGUGGUCCAAAACACAAUGACUUGGUACCAGGCGUUGCAAUACUGCCGGUCUAACUACACUGACCUGGCCAUUGUGCUCAACGCGGAUGAGAACGGCAAAAUAGCCGCAAUUAUUCCAGCAGAUGCAUGGAUUGGUCUCCACAGAUACCCGUGGUCCCUCUGGUCUGACGGAAGUAGUGCCACUUUCUUGAAUUGGGGACCCGGUGAACCAAACAACCAUGGAGGCCCCGUUGCUCCACGUUGUGUCAAAAUGUCCGUCAACUCAGGGCACUUUUUUGAUGAGGAAUGUGGCCUUUUGUACAACUUUGCCUGCCAGGGAAAUCUGAAGCAACGGUCAACCUUCAAGAUAAAGAUCAGCUCUGAAGCAGACAUAACGGAUCCUGAGGUGGAACGCCAGAUUUUGGAACAGCUCCAUGCCAAACUGGCCGAGUUGGGUGUGACUGGGGCAAAUAUCAGCUGGGUUCUCAAGGACGGACAGGUGUUUCACAAGGACCAGCCCCGCAAGACAUGAGAGGAGGUCAUCGCUGUGUUCUGCUCUUUGUGUAUUGAAAUAAACCUUUAGUCAUCUAGUAACAGGGCUCCAAAGAGAUCCACUCUUAGGCUGAGAACAUUUAGAGGAUACAAUGUCAAUUGUGCUGUGCUGUUGGGCUAUCUAGUUAAAAAAUAUAUAUGUAUUCCCUAUCAUCUGGUUGCUCUUAAUAAUCAUAGUUUUAGCUAGAUUUGUGCACUAGUUGUUUAAUUAUUAUUUGCGGUAGCAGUAUUAGUUGUAGUAGCAGUAGCAGUAGUAGUUAUAGCAUAAUAGUUGUAGCAGCAACAGUAGGCGUAGUAGUUGUAGCACCAACAGUUGUAGCGGCAGCAGCAGUAGGAGUAGUAGUAGGCCUAAUAGUAGUAGUAACUACUACUAUCACUACUACUCCUGCUGCCGCUGCUGCUAAUACUACUACUAUUACUACAACUACUACUGCUGCUGCUGCUAAUGCUACUACUAUUACUGUAAUAGUAGUAGCAUUAGCAUUAGCAGCGGCGGCAGCAGUAAUAGCAGUAGCAUUAGCAGCAGCAGCAGUAGUAGUACCAGUACCAACACCCCUUCUGCAGGUGCUCAGUUUCCGCCUCAAAUUGUUUCUGUUGACACUCCUUUCCUGUCCAUGACCAAGAGACGGGCUGGCUCCUCCCUGGAGGUGGUGCCCAGGCCCCGCCCUGUGAGGCAGGCAGCCCACUGCCCGCUCCUAGGUACCAGCUCUCAGCUCCUACCUCCUAGGUACCAGCUCUCAGCUCCUACCUCCUAGGUACCAGCUCUCAGCUCCUACCUCCUAGGUACCAGCUCUCAGCUCCCACCUCCUAGGUACCAGCUCUCAGCUCCUACCUCCUAGGUACCAGCUCUCAGCUCCUACCUCCUAGGUACCAGCUCUCAGCUCCUACCUCCUAGGUACCAGCUCUCAGCUCCUACAUCCUAGGUACCAGCUCUCAGCUCCUACCUCCUAGCAGCUGAUGGGUUCAAUGCAGAGAAUGGAUUUCUCCAUGGGGGAUUAAUUAAAGUAAAAUAAAAUAAUAUAUAUAUAUUUUUUUAUAUUUAUACAUUAGUAUUAUUGCUGAUAUAAGUGGUUACCCCAAAUUAAUCGUAGCCUAAUGUUAUUUCAUUGAUUCUGCUUUAGUCUCUUAUCAG